GCCAAGCAGAUGGAAAACAUUUAUAGGUAAUCGAGUUUCUGAAAUUAUACAGCUAAUGGAUAAUGAAAAAUGGCAUCAUGUAAGGUCUUCUGAGAAUCCAGCCGAUCCAGCUUCACGUGGAAUUAGUGCAAGAGAAUUACGAACAAAUGAAUUAUGGUGGCACGGACCGAGCUGGCUUAGAAAAGAAAAUAUUUUAUACCAGAAGAAAGACAUUCCAUCAACAGAAUUAGAAAUCAAGAAAAAUGAUAUCAAAGCACUACAUAUUUCAGAUGAAGUCUCUAUAUGGGAAAGAUUUUCUAACUUAAAUAAACUAAAAAGAGUCUUAGCAUACUGCCGGAGAAUGAAAUUUAAGAAAGGAGAGGAGAAAUCUUCUUAUUUAACUACUGAAGAAUUGAAAAUCGUUAUGAACAGAUUUAUAUUACACUAUCAGGAUAUAUGUUUUAGAGAAGAAAUUCAAGAUUUGAAGCGGCACAACAAAGUGAAAAGGAGAAGUAAACUGAUUACUUUAGAUCCUUUUAUUGAUAGAGAUGACAUAUUAAGAGUAGGAGGCAGGUUAAGUGAAGCCAGUUUCUCAAAUGACUUUAAACAUCCGGUUAUUAUACCUAACAAGACUCAUCUAAUGAAGUUGAUAGUAAAGGAUGCACAUUUAAAAACAAUGCAUGGAGGCCCGCAGUUAAUGAUGUCAUAUAUUAGAACAAGAUUUUGGAUUUUUGGAUUAAAAUCAGCAGUACGAAAAUGCGUAAGAGAAUGUAUGAUUUGUAUUAGACAUAAAGGUACAACAUAUCAGCAACUGAUGGGUCAGUUGCCUGCUAUGCGAGUUACACCACAAAGACCUUUCCUAAACACUGGCGUUGACUAUGCUGGUCCUGUGCAGAUCAAGACAUCAAAGGGAAGAGGAAACAAAUCUACAAAAGGAUACAUAUGCAUAUUUGUGUGCAUGUGCACAAAGGCAAUACAUUUAGAAGUUGUUUCAGAUCUUACAUCACAAGGAUUUAUAGCGGCAUUUCGUCGAUUUGUGGCUCGAAGAGGUUACUGUAAGAAUAUAUGGAGUGACAAUGGUACAAAUUUCAUCGGAGCCGCAAAAGAAUUAAAAAACAUGUUUACCAAGACUCUCGCAAGUGUUAGUAAGGAUAUAGGAGAAAUAUUAGCUACAGAAGGUACAGACUGGCAUUUUAUACCGCCAAAAUCACCUAACUUUGGAGGACUUUGGGAAGCUGGAGUGAAGUCGGCUAAAAGACAUUUAACAAGGGUAAUUGGCUCAGCUACGUUAACUUAUGAGGAGAUGUCAACGUUGUUAACACAAAUAGAAGCUUGUCUGAACAGUAGGCCAUUAUUUCAACUAGAGGAUGGAGAGCAGAAUUUCCUAACCCCUGGUCAUUUCCUAAUAGGCGAAACGCUAACAAGCGUACCAGAUCACGCCGAUAACAAUAAUUGCAACAUAAAUCUUCUUACGAGGUGGCAACUGUUACAAAGGAUGAUGUCCCAGUUUUGGAAACGUUGGCAGUUAGAGUACUUGCAUACAAUGCAACAAAGAUACAUAUUUUUAGAUUAUUCCUCACGGUGGCCGGUCUUUAAUGGUUUUAAAGACAAAGGUCUUUGGUGGCCGGUAUGUCCAAGGAGUUUCAACACUUUCAGUCAGGCCACAAAGAAAAGAAGAAAUAAUUUAUUCCUUUUAAAUUUGUGAAAAAUUUUAUUCGUUUGUCUUUUUCUGUUCAUAUUCAACAAUACACGUUUAUUUUCGAAAAGAGUGAAUUUUAUUUUAUCUUUC